AUGAGCGACGACAACUUUAGUACGCCGGAGCAGUCGUCGGAAGAAUCUGAUUCGGAGGUUGAGGACGGCGGUGACGGUGUGAAUUAUAGUGCAAAUUUCGUGACAGACAAGGUUUUUCGAACGUUUGAUGAAGCAGUUAGUUGGGCGGAUGCUGUUGCAAUAAAUCUGGGAUUUAUUUUGGUGAAAUCGUCUUUCAACAGACAGAGGGAUGGUCGGCCAUAUCGAUAUUUAAGAUGUGAUCGGGGACGCAGGAGUAAGCCGAGAGAUCUUGAGAACGCAAUAAGGAAGGACACGAAAACCAAAGCCAAUGGUUGUCCUUUCUACAUCAAGAUAUCUUACAAUUUUGUCAACGACUGUUGGUUUAUCACAGUGAAAAAUGAUGUAAUUGGGACCCACAACCAUCCAAUGAUUGCGUAUCCAGAGGGCCAUCGUAAAAUAAGCGGGUUAAGCCCGGAAGCGAAGCAGGUUGUGCGUAACAUGACCAAGUCUAAGGUAGCACCAUGUAACAUCAUGGCGACUAUUGCCGAGCAAUUUCCUCAGGAUCAUCCAAACAUCAGACACAUCUACAACUGCCGAAAUGACUUCAGAAUCGAGAUGUCAGAUGGGAGAGGAGUUGUUCAGCAGUUUCUACAUUUGGCUAGACAGAGUCAGUAUGUCUACUGGGUAUUGUCUGAUGAUCAAGGCGUUUUACAGCACGCCUUCAUGGCGCAUCCAGUCAUGGUAGACAUCCUACGGACGUACCCGUAUGUGAUCGGUAUGGAUUCCACAUACAAGACCAACCGAUACGGAAUGCCGUUCUUUGAGAUAGUUGAGAUUGAGAGACUUGAUCGGGUUUGA